GGCCUGGUUGGUGCCCAAGUCCAAGAGCCGCUAGAGCAAGACCACAAAUUCUAUCUUUACCUUUUUAUUCAUCAAAUCAAGAAAACCAGAAUUCGUAAAAAAAAGUCCCACGGCAAAAUUUCCUACCAUAUAUUCAAUGAAUUGCACUCAUGUAGCUUUAGUAGUCGAUUAAAUUUUUAUUAAAAAACAACUUGGUUUUUCUGUCUGUCUCUGUACCGUGCUCCGCGGUCGGUUACACAAGUGCGGUUCGGGCUGCUUGCUAUCAAAUCCUACUCUGAAAGAAUUGAAAAAAGAAAAACCAACAUUUAUAAUUUUAUUACCUAAAUAUACCUUAUUUGUGUAAAUGUUUUAAUUAAAUAUAAAAUCUAAUUUCAACAAAACAAAUCAAAUUUAAUUUCCAAAUAAAUACCUUCCACAAGAAAAAAAUAUAUAAAAAUGUUCAAAAAUACAAUUCUAAUAAUUUUCAGUCUGCUGUUGUGCACGCGAACAGUGUUUUCCCAAUGGGAUUUUGCUGUUGCAACCAAAGGAAGAAUAAUAUUUUACGAUGAAACGUUCACCGAGCUCAAAUCAGCAGCUCAUCACUUUGUAAAUAUCUCAGCUAUUGCUUUCGACGAAGUUAAGGAACGUGUCUUCUUCAAUGGUUAUGAACACACCAAUGGCAGUAUAUUCUCAUUAAAAUUACCACUUGGCAAAGGAAAUCCCCAAAUUAUUGAAAAUAUUGUAACAAAAACACCAAACGAAUCGAUUUCUGGUCUGGCCUAUGAUCCCUUGGAAGAGAACCUCUAUUGGACUGAUAAUCGCAACAAAAAGAUUUAUUCAUAUUCUGUCAAUGCCCCUCCGGACUCUGAACCCAAGAUUUUGUUCGAUUUUAGUAAAAGCAAUUCGAUUCCACAUGGCAUUGCCAUUGAUGUGUGUCGACGCAAAUUAUAUUGGACUAAUUCAAACAGUUCGGAGGCGAGUAUUCAUGUGUCGUCCUUGAAUGGAGAAGAUGAAAAAACUAUAAUCAAUACUGGUCUACAUUUGCCUUAUGGCAUCGUUGUGGAUCAGUUAACCGAUCGAAUUUACUAUGUAGUCGAUCAGAUUGGAACCUUCUAUACAAUUGAAAGUGCCAAAUUGGACGGCUCAGAUCGACAAAUUGUAUUGAAGCGCAGCAAUAAAGUCCCAAUCAGUUUGACAGUAUUCAAAGAUGCUAUCUACUGGACAGAUGUGGUGCAUCAGGCAGUUUGGACUGUACCAAAGUACAAUCCGAAAAACGUUGAUCCUCAGAAAGUUAAAAGCAUCAAUGACAUCGGAGGAAUUGUCUCCAGAGUUGGAUUGAUUUCCAAGUUAAAAGCCGAUGGUGAUUGCAAGGAAGUCAUUAAGAAGUUUGAAAAGAACCUCUUCCCUCUGGACAAUUAUACUACGAAGAAGUUUGAAGAAAAUCACGAACAAAAUUGUCUUGGCAAUGGGUAUUACAGCAAAGUUAGUGAUGCAUGCACGUGUAAGGCUGGUUACAGUGGAGCUCGUUGUGAAACCUAUGAGUGUCAUAACUAUUGUGUUCAUGGAACUUGCCAAAUUGUAAAUGGAUUUGCAAAGUGCUCUUGUCAAAUUGGUUUCGAAGGAGAACGUUGUCAGGCGUCGAAAUGCAGUAACUAUUGUAUGAAUGAUGGUCAGUGUUCGAUCGUUGAUGAAGAGCCCGUGUGUGAAUGUGCGAGUGAGUUCAUUGGACGACAAUGUUCUGUAAAUGCCACUGCAGAAUGUGUGCCAUAUUGUUUGCUCAUGCAAAAGGAUAUUGAUGUCAACGUUCCACGUCAUUGUUAUCGAAUUUGUAAAAACCUCCAUCCAGAAGAUUUAGUUAUUCAAAACCUUAAGAGGCCCGAUGAAGUUUGCCGAGGAACAUGGAACAAGUCGAUAAUUGUGCUGGUGUGUGGUGGCCUUGGUGGCUUAGUUCUUAUUUAUGUCAUAAUCCAAACCCUUCGACGUAUCUACAAACCAGUAAGGCCGAGAAUAAAGAAAACAUUUGUCGUGCAAAAGAAAGUCUCACAAACUCCACUAACAUGCCGGCCUAUUGCCACUGAACAAUGUGAAAUAACGAUAGAGAAUUGUUGUAAUAUGAACAUUUGCGAUACGCCAUGCUUCGAUACAAAACUGUUGCAACAAAAUAUGUCCACCAAAUCAAACAAAAAGGAAGAUAAAGAAAUUUUAAUAAACAAUAUGGAAGAUGAUCUAUAUUAAAUAAAAACAAAAAUCAAAGAAACAAAAGUCCUAAGCCAAGCAAAUAAAUACUUAUUUUAUAUAUUUAUUCAAUGCAAGCGCUAAAAAAAACACCAACAACAGAACAGAAAUCGAGGCCUUAUCUUACAACCAAAAUAAGAAUUAACUUAAUUUUAAUUAUAUAAAUAUUUUUUUUUGUUUAUUUUUAAAUACGUGGCUUUCAAUGAAAGUUUUAUCCGCAAAAAGAAAGAAACAAAAUAUCAUUUCAUUUAUUAUUUCUUUUUUAAGUUUUUGUUACGAUAUAGUAUCAUUUAUUAAUUAUUUAAGUGGAAAAAAUAGAUAUUUAUUUACAAAGACAAACAUUUUUUGUUGUAUAAUGUCGUUCAAACGAAGCACAUACCUCUUAGGCAAACUUAAAACAUGCAAUAAGCUAUACACAGAAAGUGACCAAAGCAAUAAUUCAUUAAACUAUGUAUAAACAUAAUUGGCAGAAAACUUAAACAAAUGAAAAUUAACUAAAAAAUUGGAAACCAAAUCUUAUGGAUGUCUUGAUUAAAAAGAAAACAGGAUUGGAACAAAUACAAAACAAAAUAUAAAUUUCUCCAAUCAACCUUUUAAGGUUCAAGUUUAUGUUAAAAGUUUAUUUUAUUAAACUCAAAUGAAACAAACUCAAGAUACAAAUCACAUGUUAAAAAAAAAAAAAAACAAAAUUGGAGACAAAAGUAAAAUACUAGAGAUGAACAUCAUAAUUGUUUUUCACUCCCCGUACAUAUCAUUUCUACCUUUUGUUCGCAUUUUCUCAUGAUAAAUGCUAUUACGGCAAAUAUUUGAGCUUGAACUUUAAGCCAUGAUUAUCCAAAAAGUUUUCGUUCUUAUUAACACAAAAAUAAAUUAAAAAAAGGAGACAUUGAAGCACUCUUAAAGAUAUGAUCGCCUGUUCAUUUUGUAAAAGCUCUUUUAAGAGCGGCAAGAAAUUAAACAUUAUAUCUGUAAUUUUAGUUCUUUCUCCGUAGCCUAUAAAUUUUUUAAACAAAGUGAAAAUUUUAAUUUGAUUUUAUGAGAAAAAAUUCAAUAAGGAUUGAGAUUUAGUUCGGAAUAUAGGAAAUUAACUGUACUUAAUAUUUAAUUUUUCAACUCUAUAUUAAUGGUAAACGACAGGAUGUUUCCAAACAUCGUUGUUUUUCAUUUUUAUUUUUAUUUGUUUUCUAACUAUGUCUCUUAUAAAUCUUAAUUUGUUCAAAGAACGAUUGUGAAAUAUUCAGUUUGGAGUGAAGAUAUUGACGUGCUGAUGUUUGGUAGUUGUAAAAAACCAUUUAUAGCUUAUGUGUAGUAGAUAAACAUUUCCCCAAACAGCGGUGCAUAUCAUGACAUUGACAAAAUACAAAAGCUUUCAAUAAUUCCGUAGCUUCUAUCAUGAUCAAAAAAUCUUGUGGUUGAUCACAAAUUUUUAUUAAAAAACGAACAAAUGUAUUAAUUUAUUAACUGCUUUUUAUCGUAAUUCAGGUGAAUGAAGUUGACAAUUCUCUUUGAAUUCAUAUUAGACCAAUCUUUUUUCACAAAUUUGAAUACAAAAUGAUUAACCUUUUAACAUAACAAUAUCUUAGCAAUCUUUAAUACAUACAUACAUUCAUAUACAAACAUAUGUUUUGAUUUGUUGAUGACGGCACUAGUACUAAAUUUAGAUAAUAUUUUUAUUUUGGUUUAUUAAAUAAAACGACAUAAUUUACAUAAAUUAAUAUUCCGAGGAAAUUAAAGAAAAACAACAAUAGCAGCUUUAGUUUGUAUUUUUUUUAAUAAUAAAUAUAUUUUUUUUAUUUCUUAUUUGUUUAAAUAAAUUUAUUUACAGUGUAAAAGUUCCUUUUCUUUAAUUUUGUCUUCAAACCGGUUAGCUUUAGAAAUAAAAGUAAAUAUAUAUUUAGUCUUAAGUCCAAAACGCACUAUAUUUUUUUUU